AUGGCGUCGCCAGCAGCGCCGAUACCCAUCACCAUCAUCACGGGCUUCCUGGGCUCGGGCAAGACGACGCUAAUACUCAACCUCAUCCCGCAGCUGCGCGCGCGCAACCCCAACUACCGCCUCGCGCUGCUCAAGAACGAGUUCGGCGACCUGGCCGUCGACUCGCAGCUGGCGUCGAGCUCGGCCAUCUCGGGCGUGCAGGAGCUGCUCAACGGGUGCAUCUGCUGCAACCUCGUCGGCCAGCUGGGCCCCGCGCUGGCCGAGCUCGAGAAGACGGUCACGCCCGACCGCAUCGUCGUCGAGACGAGCGGCUCCGCCUUCCCCGCCACCCUCGCCCUCGAGGUCAACCGCCUGGCGCGCGACUCGGGCCGCUACGUCCUCGACGGCGUCAUCAGCGUCGUCGACGUCGAGAACUGGCAGGGCUACGAGGACACGAGCUACACCGCCAAGAUUCAGGCCCGGUACACGGACCUCAUCGUCUUCAAUAAGUGGGAGGCUGCUGGCGAGGACCGCUACGAGGAGUGCCUCGACAGGGUGGGCGACCUGGACGUCGACGUCGCAAAGGUCAAGAGCACAAAGGGCUGGGUGGACAUGGACAUUGUGUUUGGCGUCGACGGGGGGCUGGCAAAGGAGCUGACCGAGGAGGAGGUCAAUGGGAACGCACAAAACGGCGACAAGGAGCACAGUCACAACCACACAAACGGACACGACCACGGCCACAGCCACCAGCAAGAAGUCGAAGUUCUGUCCAUAGAGCUACGUGCCCCGAGCGAAACCCCUUCCGCCACCGUCUCCACCGACAAGCUCCUCUCCCUCCUCAAAGCCGCGCCCAAGGACGAGGCCUACCGCAUCAAGGCCGUCCUGACGCUGUCCUCCCCGCCCACCAACUCGGACCCGGACGUACCCGCGCCCGGGCCGAGUCCCUCGGGCCGCUACAUUCUCAACUGGGCAUUUGGGCGGUGGAUCUUCACGCCCGUCGCGGCGACACAGCAGGAGCACGCGUCGAGCAGCGAGUCGGUGCUCCGCAUGACCAUGAUUCUAGGGCGCUACGAGAGCGGCAAGUGGAAGAAGAGGAUCGAGGCGGGCGGGUUCGUGCAGCUCGGAGGCCAUGAUAAAGGCGAGCUGAGCGUCAAGAGAAUCCUAUAG